CAGCUCAGGUGCCCGGCGUGCGGGCGGCCGCAGUGCGGAGCCACCCGGCGGGCGCGAGUGUCGCUGCGCCAGCGCGCACAGAGCCCCGCGCACCCAACCUCCGCACCUGCCGCGGGGUCCAAAAGGGAUCCCGCAAAAAUGAGCCAUUCUCACCCGGCUGGAUUGCUUGCAGCAUAUAAUAGUCUUACCGAUAAACACCUGACUGGCUAUUUUAACAACACAAGGAUAAGGCGGCAUCUCCUAAGAUCAGGCCUGAUCACAAGAAGUGGAAGAAUACUUUCUGAAAAAGAAUACAAACUAAAUAUCAUGAAGAGGGAUCACCAAAAAUAUAUCCGGGAAUGCCUAGCUCAGGCUAUUUUCCAUAAGGUUCUUGAUAUGGAGCGUUAUCAUCAGCUUGAAAUUAAAAAAAAACUGGAGACCUUAGCUAAGAAGGAGCGAAUUCAGAGAUUUAAGGGAGAACCCACAAGAUGGUCUAUAGAAAAUAACAUGGCAAUCCUGUCUCCCCACCCCCCAGUUGGCCCAAAGACUAACCGUGGCCAUAGUGUCCUGGUCGAUGAAGGACAUUCCAGUCCAAUAACACUGACAGCCCCUCGACCAUACACUGCCCCAGGAAAUAUGCAGCCUCCAAUUCGAUUAAAGCCUCUUCCCAGUAAUCCUGCGGUAGGAACUGUUCCAAAGAUAACUUCGGGGUCCAGAUUGAAAACCUCAUUGCUGGAAAAUGAAGCUCCAUUUCCCGUUGGGGGCAAGAAGGCAGUGAUGAAGUUCAAGAACUCCAUGGACAAUUCACAGGCAAUGAAUCGCUACCAACUUCCAAACAUUAACAAUUACAUGAUGCCGAUUCCUCCUCCACCUACCCCCCCCAGUGGAAGAAUCGCAAGGGAAAACAGGCUUGAAUCAUGGAGAAGGAGAAGAUUUCGUCCAACCACUGCUCCAAAUGGCUUAGAUCCUCUCUUUACCAGGGAUUCAAGAAAGAUUCAUAAAACACCACCGCAUAGUAAUGCAGCUAUUACAAUGAUCUAUUUGGGGAAAACUGUGCACCUGUCUCAUGAUCACCCAGACUUCCGGGAUGAAAUAAAAGUUUAUCAACAGCAUUGUGGUGGGGAAAACCUUUGUGUCUACAAAGGCAAACUACUUGAAAAAGAGACCUUUCAGUUUAUUUCCAAAAGGCACCAUGGCUUUCCCUUCAGUCUCACCUUUUUCCUGAAUGGGAUGCAGGUGAACAGGUUAAGCUCCUGCUGUGAAUACAAGCAUCGAAAAGGUUCCAGACUUGGAGGCAAACGAGGCUACUUUGGGUUUGUGUGCGUGGAGAGAUCAUCUCCUUGCUACAAGUGCAUUAUUGCAAUGGGCCUUGACAAAAAUCCAACUUCACCGAAACCUAGGAAAGAAAAGAGUAUUGAGAAAAGAGAAGAACUGAAGAAGGGUGAGGGGAAACUGAGGAAGGAUAGAGGGCGCAUGAUACCAAGAAGGAGUGAGAUAGAGGGGAACAAAACAGCUUCAGUCAUUUUUUCAGCUCAAGAAGCAAAAACAGGGAUCGUAGAAGUGAGAACAGCUGUGGAAGAAAUGGAACUUAAAGGAAAACCGGAACAAGAUGUUUGGGAAGAUGCCCAGGAAAAUAUAUUUAAAUAUGAAUAUGAAGAAGAUUUUGAAGCAGAUGAGGAGAAACAAGGUGAGAAAGCUAACGAAGAAGGACAGGCCGAUGAUCAAAUGAAUGGGACGUCAGAGUCACCCUCAGAUGAUGAAAAAGAUCAUUUAGCCCCUGAGAAGGAGAGUGAAACCUUGUCUCGGGAGGCAGUGGAUGCUGAUGACAAUGUGAAAGAUGAAGGUGACGGAUGCUCUGACAGUGAACUGGAGGAGGGUAAACAAGAUAUAAAAACUAUUUCCUCAUCCUCAUCCAGAAGUCAGCCGUGUUCUAUUUGCAGUGAUGAUGAAUCUGCCGUGGAAGAUAGGGAGGCCCACGCUGGAAACAGUCCCAACAGAAGUGCCAGAAGUUCAUCUUCUCAGGAGUUGAGUGAAAAUGAUGAGCCAGGAAUAUCCCACCUUCCAACUGAGGAUUACUUAGAAGUUGAAAUUGAAGACCAAGAAAUAAUAACAGCAGAUGUAGACACCAAGCCUCUGCCCAUAGAGGAAUGCUUGGAGAGUGUUCUUGAAGAAGAAAUGGAGAACGGAACCCGGGUGAUUGCAGAGGGCUUAUCUGAGAAGUCCAGGGAACAUGUUUCCAUGGAAGAAAAAGAAAAGGAUAAGAGUAAGCUUUGGGAAGGAAACACUGCUAAGGUGAAGGACAAAAAGGCAGGUCCCCAUAGGGUGGAACAAGAUGUUGGACAGACUGUCGCUGAGGCUGUGGAACCUGGCGGCCACGGGCAUUAUGACACUGAGUCUGGUGUUAGCAGCACGGAGGAGGAGAAGCACUCGAGGAAGCCGGAGAUUGACAAAGGUGCAGCACCACACGGGAAUUUCCAGUUGGAGGAAAGAGCAACACUCAGCUCAGACACGGAAUCCAAGCAAGGCCCAUCGGAAGUGUACACACUGGAGUACAAAGAAGCAGUGGAGGAAGAUGCACUUCCCCAGCAUGGGAAUGCGGACACAGCAGAGGAGAAAGGGGAUGCAGCACAGUGGGGGAGAGCAGGGGUUAAUGGGGUUCCCUUGGAGGAGGGGAAGCCAACAGCAGAGUUGCCAGCAUUACUAGGACAAUUUAGGGAGGUAAGAGAGAUCCCUCAGGGCACAAUGAGUGGGGCAGAGGCAGAAGGGGAUCAAAGGCUGGAUAAAGAGGAGUUAAGCCCUAGGGGGAAAGAAGCCACCAGAGCCUCUGGACGUCUGAAAGAAGGUGAGGCUCCUGAAGAGCCCGCCAUGCUGCCAACAGUGCAGGAGACUGAGAAGGCGGCUGCAGAGGAGGGGCGUGGCUCCGAGAAGGCGGUGCUCCUUGGGGAGGGGCGUGGCUCCGAGAAGGCAGUGGUCCCUGAGGAGGGGCGUGGCUCCGAGAAGGCAGUGGUCCCUGAGGAGGGGCGUGGCUCCGAGAAGGGAGUGCUCCCUGAGGAGGAGCGGGGCUCCGAGAAGGCAGUGCUCCCUGAGGAGGAGCGGGGCUCCGAGAAGGCCGUUCUCGUAAGCGAGGCAGCAGCUCUGGACUCAGAGUGGAUUCAGGAGGCAACAGCCCUGAGGGAGACAGCGACACCGGAGAAGACCGAGGCUGAGGAAGGGGAGGCGGUGAGUGCGGCAGGGUCUGAGAAGCCCGAGGUGGUGAGCAGUGAAGAGCGAGCAUCUACAGACCUAGAGGACCUGGGAGCCACGGGAGAUGCGGCCUCUGAGAGAGAAGGUGGCUCAGAAGAGGCAGUGCUUGGGGGAGAGGAACCAGCUGAAGAGAGGAGGGCAGCUGUGGGACCAGGGACACCGCUGAGCUCGUCAACUUCGGAGAAGGCUGAGGCAGCCCGCAUGGGGCUUUCGGAGGACAGCCUGGAAGAGCUUUGCAAGGGGGAUGCUGAAAGGGAGGAGGCUGGGGCCGAGGCAGAAUCUCAUAAAGAAGAUGGCAAGAAAGAAACGUUACCCGAGGAAUUAGGUGUAGCGAGAGAGAGGACGAAAGCUGAGAGGCCAGAAUCACCUCUGGAGGAAACUGAAUCUGAGAGGGAAGAGGUGACAAGGGCAAAUGCACAACAGGGUGAAGACAUUUUAGAAGAGCACAAGUUUAAAGGGGAAGAGCAGGAAACCGUGAAGGAAGUGAGACCUGAGGAAGAGACACGAGUCUCCCAAAAUGAAAUGGAGUGUGAUGCCGAGGGCGAAGCACCCAUGGGGGCGUCAGAGUUGACUGAAGACACAGGGCCGCAAGGAGGAGAUUCACUGACAGAGAGACAGGGGGCCAUGUUUGAAGCAGCAUCUGGACAUGAAGAGUCACGGGAAAACACAACUGCUCUGAGGAAAGAGGAGGGAGGGGAAAGGCUAAGAGAAGCCCGAGACCCAGAGCACGAAGGCAGAGCAGAGCUGCUCCCCAGGGAGAACAGGGCUCCCUCGGGGCUGGACCAGGGGCUGGGCCUUGAGGGGGAGGGUGUGCGCGGAGCUCCUGGAACUGAGCUAGCAGGAACGGGGCAGGCACCGGAGGCAAGGAUCACAGCCACAGGUGAGGCCCUGGAGCGUGCAGCCAAAGAUCAAGAUGGCCUCGCGGGACCGGAAGGGAGGGAUGAAGAAGGGCCUUUGAAGGGGAGCAAGGAGGGCGUCACAGCGAUGACCGAAGAUGUUUCUGAGGAAGAUUCCAUGACGGCAGAAAAGCUGAGUGAAGAAACUAUGGGUGAGGACCCAGAAGAGGAGGCCGAUGAAGAGUGCGCGCGGGUGAAGGGUGUGAGGAGCAAGGGGGACCCGAAGGGGGAGGGGAGCUUGCCAGGAGGAGCGGUGGUGGCUGACGAAGCUCUCCAGCAAGGAGAAGGAGCAGCGGGAGCGGCCGCAGAGAAGAGGGAGGUGUUGGCAGAUUUGAAGACAGCUGAGGGGAAAACAGAGGCAAAUAAAGCCUCCUCCUUGUCAGAUGUUGCUGGAAAGGAAACUUGGCGCCAAGUGGAGGAGUUACUAGGGAAACCGGCAGCUGCCGAGAAGGUGGUGGCGGAGGAAAGAGCACUGAGCGGGGAGGCGGUGCCGGCGGUGGAGGAGGUGACGGGGACUCGGGCCCCAGAGGCUGAGGUCGGGGCCGCACGAGAACCUUCCGUCCUGGGAGGGAAGGCCGCAGGGCUAGGGCAGCAUCCAGCGGGCGGGGGAGCUGAAACCAUGCAGUGGGCCGAGUCUGUGGGCGAGGAGGCCGGCCCGGGUUGCUGUGCCGAGGACGGGCAGGCGUUGGGUGCAGCCGAAGAGUUCAGCCCCGGAGUGUCCGGAGCGAGAGAGUCAGAGCCGAGGGGAGAGAGUCUACAGGGCACGCAAACGCUCCCUGUAAAACCUGAUUACACGGAAAGCCGAGAGAGGCAAGAGCGUACAGUGCAAAGAGAAAAAGAGAACCUGCCAACGCAGAUGUCUCCUUGAGCAGCGUGAAGGCCUAAGAGACUUUGUGGCAGAAGGAUAUUUGAAAGAUGUCUUCUGGAAGACUUAAAGACUGGAGAGAGAUUCACCCAAGCAUCUCACUUAGAACUUUGGCUUUUUACCUUUUUUUUUUUUUUUUAAAUCAUUGUGUUUGUCUGAGCUGGUUCCCAGUCUGGCAGUGCUGGUCAGUAGCACAGUGAACACCUUGAAAAUAACUGGAUCGAUCUGUAGGACCCUCUUAAGGGGAAGCGAGCGAUUCCUAAUGGAGGACUGUGAGGCUGUUAUGUAUUCAGCAUAGCUAACGUGUCUCUAUUCAAAUCCAAUUGAUAGUUUUCAAAUGUUUGACUUUUACCAAAGAUCACCUGAAAGGCUCCGUCCUCACAUCUGGGGUUUUUGUUUAAAUUCCUUUUUAUUUAUAAUCAAAUAUUAGUCCCGGUUUCAUACAUUGGAAUUUUAUUUAAAGUCUGUGGCUUGGGGCUUUAAUGACUUGGUUUGUGAAAAUGAGCUCUAAAGGUCCUUCUGUGUACGCUCAAUACUAAAGAUUGCGCCAGCCCUGUAAAUCCUUCCAGAAAGGGAUUCUAUGGCAUGUAGAUUCGCUUACACUUAGAACUAUUUAUGCAUCCUAUUUAUUCCAGAAGGGUCAAGUGGCAAUCUUAUUUCAAAAUGCCCUUUGUUUUUUUUUGUAUGUGUUUCUGUAGUUUUGCUUUCUGAGGUAGACUUAAAUGCUUGUGACAUUUCGUCCCCGGGGGCCUUAUUUAUAGGUCCACUCAAAUGUAAAUCAAAGUAAUAAAUAAUUUAGCUGACUGAAAUGAGUAACAAUAAUUAUAGCAGGUAAACAUUGCACAUCACAUAUACCAACAUUCUAGACUCCGGAUUCUUUGGUUGAUGUCAUUUGAUGGAAAAGAAACUUGGAUUAAAUUAGUGUGCUGCUCACCUGGCCAAGUUCUGUUAUUUCAAACCUGUGAACUAACGUUGCAGGACGUUGUAAAUCAACAGUCAGAAUCACUUUCUAAAUUACCCCUUGAUAUUACUAGAAAUAGCUACGCAUCACCGUGCCUACUGGGGAUUUUGAUUUCCUUAAGACGUCUUUGUUUUUGUCCAAUAUCCUAAAGGGCACUUAUGUUUGGCCAUCGUUUCUCCCAUGAGGAGGUGAAACAAAAUUUCCUAAAGCAGUGAUCCUGCAGCUGGACUACACAUUAGACUUGCAUGGAGCACUUUCAUGAAUGAUUCAACCCCUGGCCCCCACCCCCAGAGAUUUGGGUUUGAUUAGUUUUAGAUGGGUGUAGAUGUCAGGUGUUUGUUCUUUGGGUUUUUUGUUUGUUUUUAAAAUUUGGUUGAUUCUACUAUGUAGCUAAAAUUGAGGACUGCUGCCCUAAAUCAUCAUAUCGUCUAUGUUGACUGCCCUAUACUGUAUGCCCCUAGGGACCAGGCAUAUUAUCUUUAUAGGUAUGUUUCAUUUUAAUAAAGGAGCCCUUGAGAGAUCAAAGAUAUAAUGGACCUGUGGUUCUCAAAAUGUGGUCUCUUGAGGAUAUCAGUAUCACCUGGAACUGUUCCAAAAAUACUAAUUCCCACCCUCAUCUCACACCUAUUAAAUUGGAAACUCUGUGGCUGGGGCCUCACAAUGGUGUUUUAAUAAGCCCUCCAGGUAAUUGUGAUGUACUCUGAAGUCUGGAACUGCUGUUGGGGACUCUGCACUGUACUGAGGAUUAGUCUCAGUUGGAAAGUGGAUUGCAGAAGCGUUGUGAACUUUGUCUCUUUUUCUGUGUCUCUACUUUUCUCUCUUUCUCUAAGAAAGGGUACUCACUAUAAAAGUGUUGGAUUCAACUUGAAGCUUAUUUUUAUGAUGACCGUAAUGAUGUGUUUACUACGACCUCUUCCAGCCGCCCCCCUACCAGGGAUGAGCACCUCUCGCAGCACACCACACAUCACCAUUGUCUGUCUUAGGUUUUAUGAGUGGGUUUCAUCUACAGUAUGUCCAAUUUCAUUUAAUACUGAGCAGCAUUACUGUGCAGAUCUACAGUAUUUGUUUCCUGAUCUCAACCUCAAUGCUACAGAGCACUUUGAAUACAUAGCACCUUUGGAGAAAGAUUGUAAACUUGUUAAUUCUAUUGAAGAGUGAGUUUUGUACAAUGUGCUAAAUGGAAAUUGCAUUGAAUUAUUUUUAUAUUUAACACAUUCCAUCAAAACAUUCUGUAACAUAAUCCUACAAUCUGCAUGUGGGUUUAAGUGUGAAAUUCAGUGUUGUGAUAUUUUGAUUAAAUGAAUUUCUUUCUCUGCAAAUACUGUGUUGAUAAAACUAUUUGUAUGUUCAACUGAACUGAUUUCCCCCCUAAUUUCAUUAUUAAAAGCAUAAACAAACCAUAUGUUUACAAAUAAGACAUAUGAAUGAUCCUUUAUAAAUAAGACUAGACUUUGAAAAACCUUCUUUGUCCUUUCCUUAUGAAUUUAAACUCUAAAGCAGAGAAAGUUUGUUUCAUUGGGUUGUUUAUACUGACUGUCUGCAAACACAUCUGCAUUCAUACAUGUCUUUCCCAUACAUGGGAUAAUGUCAGA